AUGAGGAGGAGCUCCAAGCUUCCUGGCAGCUGCAGCCGGCCGUCCCUCGAGUCUCUGGGGGUGCCGGAGAGCAACGAGAUGGGUCUCCCGGGUCCCCAGACGAAGGACAGAGCCACGUCUGGAGAGCUGAGCACGAGCAAGCCCACCCCUAGCAGUACGGAGGGCAAAGUCAGCUCUGUGGGGCUCAGGGCCGGCGGGGCCGGGGGUUCCCGCAGCAGCCAGCUGGUCGUCUCCAGGAGGGAGAAGAUGAAGGACCCCAGGCCCCUCCACGACAAGGCCUUCGUCCAGCAGUGCAUCAGGCGGCUCUCUGAGUUCCUGGCCGAGCACGGCUACGCCCACAAGGCCUCCAUCAAGUCCCUGCAGUCUCCCUCAGUCAAGGACUUCCUCAAGAUCUUCACCUUCAUCUACGGCUUCCUCUGCCCUGACUAUCGGCUGCCUGGCUCCGGGUUUGAAGAGGAAAUCCCCAGACUCUUCCGAGACCUUGGGUAUCCCUUCCCUCUGCCCAAGAGCUCCAUGCACCUGGUGGGAGCCCCACACGUCUGGCCUCAGCUCGUGGCAGCUCUGGUCUGGCUGAUUGACAGUGUCAAGCUCUUCUCUGCCACUGGGAAGAACUCAGCAGCCCUCAAUGAUGACCAGAGCUGGGGGGAAGAGACAGAGGAUGGCAUCCUCCACAACAAGCUCUUCCUGGACUAUACUAUGAAGUGCUAUGAGCAGUUCCUGAAGGGGGCAGACACCUUUGAGGAGCAGGAUGCAGAGCUGGAGGCCAAGCUGAAGGAGCUGUACAAGGUGGAUGAGGCCAGGACAGAGGAGCUGCUGGCUGAGAGCAGGAGGCUGAUUGAGGAGAUUGCCAGGCUGGAGAAGAAGAAGGUGAGAGAGCCGGAGGCAGAGGAGGAGGAGCAGAAGUGGGCAGAGAAGCUGGAACCGCACAACAGGCAGCUGGAGAGUGGUGUCAACGAGGGCCUGGAGGAAGCCACAAAGGAGCUGCAGGACCUCCAGCUGCAGUACCAAGUUCUUCUGCAGAGCAGGAGAAAGGAGAGCAGGAGAAGGGAGGCCAGGCUGGAACACCUUCUCGAUGCAGUUCGUACCCACGUGAUGCUGAUAGAGAAAUACCUGGAGGAGCAGAGCGCCCAAAGCGACAGAGCCUACCAAGUGUUCAUGGCUGAAGACCUCCUGCGCCCCCUGAGGGAGAUCCUAGAGAGCUGCAGGAAGAAGGCUGAAGGGCUGAAGGCUGGAGGUGGCCUCAGCUCGUGAGAUGAUGCCAUUGCUCCAGCUUCUCCCUCUGGGCCUUUGUGCUCCCCAAGGCUGACAGCCUGAUGCUGAGCAGAGCCUCUCCCUGUCCUCUUUGCCUUUCCAAACUCUCUUCUCUCUUCCAGCCUCACCCAAUCUCUUGCUGCUCCUUAGGAGCUGUGUUUCCUUUCACCACCUCA